AAACAGUGCCCCUUGACUCCGCAAACGAACACCAAUGAAAAGUGCGCAUACAAGAAGAGACCGGGCAGAUUCACCCAGUGAGAUUCGGGUUUAUUUGCAAGUGGCUAUCCGCGCAGUUGCUCGAUUCCUGUAACAGCACAGUAUUGACGAGAUUGAAAGACAGUGAGAUGGAUCAGCUUGUGGCUAUCGAAGUCGGGGAGACCUGCCAGGGAAACGGGGACGCGGAGCCGGACAGGAUGGCGAGGAUACCGGAGAGGCUGCAGAAGAGGGACCAGGAGAGGCAGGAGGAGCUGGAGAGGCGCAAAGAGGCGAAGGAGAGCAAGCAGGUGACAGAGGAAAAGAGCGACUUCUUCACCAGCACUUUCUCCAAGGAGAAGGCAGAUAUCGAGGAGCUGCUGGCGGGCGGCGGUGAGGCAGAGUCCGGUUCGCUGGCAGGCCGGUUGGAGGAUAUCUCGGCUCGGAUCCAGCAGCUGCAGAAGUUUCUCAACGACAGCAUGGUGUUCCUGCCCCAGUACGAGCUGCGGCAGGCCCAGUCCGCCUUGCAGAAGCUCCAAAGCGGCCUGGCGGAGAAGAGAGGCGAGCUGCUGCCGAAGAAGAAGUUUGCCUUCCGAUCGCGCAAUGUCGGGGCUAAUAAUACAAACAAAGAGACCCCCGAACCUAGGAAGGGGGGCGAGCAAGCAAGCAGACCCAUUGAUUUGACAGACGCCUCUGUGACGGCGUCCCCAGGUAACAGCGAUGAUGUCAGCGCGCAGUGCGGCUUUUCCAAUGUGGUCUCGCAGGUUCUGAUCAAGAGGGCGGAUGAGAUUAAUCAGAGGGACGUGUUGCUCACACACCUGUCCAGCUGCACGGUGAAGCUGUUCGGAGCCCCGAGCACCCUCCACAUCAAACACGUCAGGGACUCCACCAUACUGUGCGGGCCCGUGUCCAGCUCCGUCUUCAUCGACCACUGCUCGGGCUGCACCUUCGCGUUCCCGUGCCAGCAACUGCGUACCCACAACACGACCGACAGCCGGGCGUACCUGCACGUCACCAGCCGGGCCAUUGUAGAGGACUGCAGCGGGGUGCGGUUUGCGCCGUUUACCUGGAGCUACCCGGGCCUGGAGGAAGACUUCCAGGUGUCGGGGUUAGACAGGGAGAGAAACAACUGGACCCAGGUGGACGAUUUCAACUGGCUGGCGAGUGACACCCCUUCUCCCAACUGGAGUGUUAUUCCCGAGGAGGAGAGGAAAACUACCUGGGUUUAAAGGCGUGUGAAAGGGGUUGUUUCAAUAAAACCCAAACGAAUGACUACCCUGCCUGGUGUCAAUACCAGGGGCCCCACACCUGAUAACAUGUAUGCGUUUCGCGAUGCCAGAGUAACACGAACCUGUUCAGAUAAUGGAUCGGACAGCGCAAGCGCCUUUGCAGUUGGUGUAUUGUUGUCAAUGUAGCGGCAGGCAGCCCCACGUGAUGCGGUGCUCCUUGGCAUGCAUGUUGAGCACAACACACACGUCAACUAGAAUGGAUGCAAACCGGCUUUCUUUCAUGUUUUGUUUUUACUUGAAUUUGUUAUUUAUUUUUAAUGAAAACUAAUCUUUUGUGCAGAAUAAAAACCUUGUCUAGUAAGAAGUAAACGUGCAUGAAUCAGCACUGGAAUCAUUUUUAUUUAAUUCUCAACAGCCACGGGGUUGGGGUUGGGGUGAGAAAUGAAAUGAGAAAUGUUCAGGGAAAGAAUACAAAUAGAACUCUAUUUAUUUAUGUAUUUCUGUUUAGGAAAAUAUGAAUCUUACAGAAAUGCUCAAUCCUAUGUUGUUGUUUUUUUCCCUUGAGUCUAAAUCACCAUCUCAGUAUAAUGUGAUGUCAUUAUGAAGGAUAUCAUUCUAGAACUCUGAGGACAUGUAAACUUUCUUCGCUCUUCAUGCUUGUAAGUCAUUAAGAUAGGAAAGUACAAUAAUGAGCAUUGCAGUAUGACUAAUUGACAAGCUGUGAUCGUUUUGUCACUCUAGACUCACUGUCUCUGGACUGGUUGAUUUGGAGUGAUCUGUACAAGUUAUGUGAUGUAAAUACAGUCUCUUCUAAAGCAGACAGUAAUGCAGAGGACUGAAAAAUAAUAUGGAUUUCACAUCUGUAGAAUAUUGUAUAUGCAGCAGUUCUGUGUAGAAUAUUCUCAAAUAAUAAGCGUGUGAAACACCUUGUGACUUGUGUCCAAUGGUAGUUACUUGCUUUGAACCAGCAUGGAGUGUGUAUUCAUUUUUCACCCCAACCCCAACCCCAACUCCAUGGCUGUUCAGAAUUAAAUAAAAAUGAUUCCAGUGCUGAUUCAGCACACAAUAUAUACUGAUUGUUAUAGAAAUCUGUUUUUUUUUUUUAAAAAAAGCAGUUGCUUGUGUAAUUAUUGGUGAUGUAACGUGUUAACUGAAUGACUGUUCGUCCUAGAGACACAAUUAAAAUUGAGACAGAUGUCAAUUCCACAAA